AUGGAGAGUAAACUCACGGAAAGUGACACAGGCUUCAACCUCACCUACUGGGACCAGGGAGUGAUCUGCCCACGCCGCCUGCCAGCCUUAUUCUACGCCGACGACAUUGUGCUGCUGGCUGACAACACAAAGGACUUGCAGCAACUGCUGGACAUAUGUUCAGAGGAAGCACGGGCCAUCGGUCUGCGUUUCAACCCCGCAAAGUCAGCAUGCAUGGUGGUGGUGAGCCAAGAGGACCGCACGCAACACACUGCAAGCAGGCUAAUACUCCAGGGAAACCCUGUAGAGUGGACAAACUCUUACAGGUACUUGGGAGUAACACUGUCUGCUGCACCACAUUACGCACUCCACUAUGAGAAUGAACUCAGGCCCAAGGCAAUAAGGAAACGUGCCUUUCUAAACAGCAGGGCACUCUGGGCUUUUAACAAAUUCGAGGUCACCAGAGAACUGUGGAAGUCAGUAGCUGUCCCGGCCCUUACUUUUGCAAAGAGUGUGCUGUGCCUGUCCUCCGGGACACGUCAGUCCCUGGAAAUACGUCAGAGGGAGGCAGGUAGGGCGGCACUGGGGGUCCACAGGGGCGUACCAAGUGAGGCGGUGCAGGGCGAGGUGGGCUGGUCCUCCUUUGAGGUACGGGAGGCAGUGGCGAAACUCGCUUACGAGCGACGACUGAGCCAACUCCCAGACGGGCGUUGGGCACGUGAGGUGAACAAGUACAUCCACCUAAAGUGCAUUAACACCAGGUGGGUGCUACGCACAAAACGCCUGGCCGAGCGGUACGGGGUCGCACCAUGCCGACUUACGGAGAAACCUCAGCAGGACAGGAGAGUGAAGGUCCGGGAAGCUGUCCAAGAGGCCGAAAGUGUCUGCUGGCGGAAGACAGCAACAGAGAAGCCCGCUUUGAGUGUCUACAGUAAGGCAAAACAAGCGAUCGAGAAGGAGCCGAUGUAUGAGAACUCAAAGGGAAGCGGUCUUCUGUGCGAGGCCAGAUGCGGUAUGCUACGAACCCGACUGCUGCGGGCGAGGUACACGCCCAACCUUGACACUACAUGCCCGCUUUGCACCCUGGAAGACGAAAGCAUGGAGCACAUUGUGCUCCACUGA